GCAAAGCAGAUAAAAUUACAUCCAAACAUCUCUGAUAAAGUCAUUCCAGUUCUUGCUCCCAGUUUCCCAAUUCCAUUCCCACGAGCAAGUGAAAACCCCCCAAUAAAUAUUUUGUGCAUUUCUUUCCUGAUAACAGCAGCAGUUUUACAUUCUUUAUUCAGGUCGAUGUUGUGUGCAGUGUCUGCCCCGACCACUUGCAUAACAUUUCCAAGAAGCCCUUUGAGAAAAUUAGGCCCCAGAAGAGUUACUGUGUCGGCUGUGGCAGUGGAGCCUGAUGGGGUUGCUUCAAAAGUUGAAUAUACUCCGUGGCUUAUUGCUGGUUUAGGGAACCCUGGGAAUAAGUAUCAUGGGACUCGCCACAAUGUUGGUUUUGAAAUGAUUGAUCGAAUUUCGGAAGAAGAAGGAAUUGUGUUGAAUACUAUCCAGUCAAAGACGUUGUUCGGGAUUGGUUGUAUCGGAGAGGUUCCAGUUUUAUUGGCAAAGCCUCAGACAUACAUGAAUUUCAGCGGAGAGUCGGUUGGAUCACUUGCUGCAUAUUAUCAAGUACCAUUGCGGCAUAUCCUUCUUGUCUAUGAUGAGAUGAGCUUACCGAAUGGUGUUUUGAGGCUUCAACCAAAAGGAGGACAUGGCUACCAUAACGGAGUUAAGAGCGUUAUGGAACAUUUGGAUGGUCGCCGAGAAUUUCCCAGAUUUUGCAUAGGGAUUGGAAAUCCCCCAGGUACUAUGGACAUGAAAGCAUAUCUUCUCCAGAAGUUCAGUUUGAUAGAGCGAAAGCAGGUGGACGCGGCAUUGGAACAAGGGGUUGAUGCUGUGAGGACCUUGAUACUGAACGGAUUUAACAGUAAAGUUAACAGGUUUAAUCUUGGGCAAAAGUACAAGUAUCAUAAAGUUUGAGGGCAGACGUCAAAUGUUGGUAAAUGUAGAAAGUUUUCUUUUAAGAUCCAUCUUGUUGUACUCUUAACAUUUUCCAGCACAAACUCUGCAGCAAUCUAAGACUAAUAUAGCUAUUAAAUUUAAGAAUA